GAAAAACUUGUCAUGUGCCCUGCGCUGCGGUGUUUAGCGCAGCGGUGCGGGCUGCCGCAACACCCGAUUCUGUGUAGCACCGCAGGCUCGGCGUCUUGAUAAGGCACGCCAUGGCACGACUUCAAAAGGCACGCGUCUUCCAGACUGAUCGGCAAUAGGAGUUGCAGGGCCACCGCGAACAUCGACAGCAAUCAUGGGUUGGGCACGCAAGAUGAUGCGAGGCAGAGUCUCCAUCCGGGACAGGCUCGCCAGGUCAGACACCAUGAGCUCCGUAGACACCGCAAGCUCCACCGGAACACCUUCUUCGCAGCAGUCAACCAGUUCGGCCCAGUCUACCAACUCGGCAUCCCAAGCGCUGGCAACAUCCCCAUUCAUGGCCGGAGUCAAGAUACCUUUCCGAGCGACUCUCAAGUCCCUAUGGCGAUAGAUGAGGAGUUCCAGGAGCAAGCCUAGGUGCAAAAAGAUACCAUUGGAGAAGAAAGUGAGAGCCAGGGCUCAUGAUACGUGUCAAGAACUAUGGAGUUUACACACAAAACCGACUUCGGACUGCAUACUGCUUUUCAACCACUCUAAGCGCAGAGAAGCUCUGCAACCAGCAAAACAGAAUCGUCUACAGGAUGGACAGCUGCUCAGGGAAGAUCUCUCCCGCUACGCCGACUCCAUUCCAGGCGGUGCAGUUGCAGCGAAAGCAUCCCACUCGUGAUCACCGAAUUGCCUACCCAUACGGCCCUUGCUGUACAUCAAUGGUCCCUUCAUCUUGACAAGUGGAUUCAUCCAGGCCUUCUUCCCGUCUGGUCCAGUAACUUCCUUGGACGUGGAACCAAUACCUGAAUCCAGAGACGUCAGCUUCCACAGAGAUGUUUCCGCAGGCUGCACUCACCGGUUGGCUGGUAGUUCAGGUAGAUGCCUUCCCAUGACCUCUUUGGACACGCGAAUACUUCAUGCAUGAUACCAACAUACGGGA